CAGCGUUAGAGCUCUGCACUAAUGAGUAGAAACUAUUUCCUUUAAUCCAACCUUUCAACUGGCAAUCCGAUCCACAGAUAACCAUGAACGAAGACCAUCUCGAGGACACUCAUCUGUGCAUCAGGUGCAACGCAACUAUACUCGGACUCUCAAAAUAUAUUGAGCAUAGAAAACGGAACUGUCUUAUAACAGGAAAGCAAAAUGCUUCGCCAAAAAGCGAUGGACGAACAAGAAUCUCCACUGACACUCAUGUUUCGGCGACGAUUAUCAGUAGCAGUAAUUUGGAUCAUACAUAUGAUGGGUUCCAUUUCACGGAACCGGAGGCUCCAAGUAGUUACCUCCACAAAACUGCCGCCAGUCAUGGCGGAAAGGCCUCAAAGUCCUUGACUGAAGCCUAUGAUCUCCCGUACGAACUUGGAGCCGAUCUCUUCUUUUCGUCCCUACAACUGCAGAGCGUUGCCACGGGUGGGAAAAUAGGAUCGGUGGCCCGUCAAGAGCGAACCAAAAAUGAGUCCUGGUCCGCGCCAGCUGGCGAUCCCCUACUGAAAGCAGUGAGGGAGAACGAUGAAACUGUGUUCAAGCCGCUUCACUUUGACCAUGAGUACCCAGAAGCGAGUGAUGAGGAGGAUGUUGAGGAUGAACACGAGGAAUUCGAUGCGGAAGAAGAUGAGGAAGAGUACGAUGCAAGGCGUCACUCACCGCCCAUUGUGCCCGCCAGUCACACAGGUGGUAAGUGGAAACCAGAACAGCGGCCGCAGCUACGACACCCGCAUAUAGAACGCCUUUCGCCAAGUUGGGAUGAGCCCCCCGAAGAAAACUUCACUCACCCUCCAGCAAACCAUACCAAGGGCAAAUGGGUUCCGGGUAGCAAACAGUUGGAGUACCGCGAAAAUUUGGAUCUUACCAAGCUGGACCAACCGGGAGCUAGUUAUUGGUGCAACAUUUGCUGCAGGCGACUGAAAAGUCGCUUAUAUUAUGACCAACAUUUGAGGAGUGGCUACCACAUCAAAAGAGCUGAAGCAGAGUGCGAAUUAGAGCAGGCUACACUGGGCAGGGAACUUACCCUAAGCAACGACUUCUCAAUAAAAGACGAUGCUGACAAAAAAGAACCAGAGCCACCAAAACGACAGAGGAGAGCAAAUCUUCUGCGAUGCGAUCUAUGCCGGCACACGAUGGCAAGACAUUUGAUUGGCAAGCAUUUAAUCUCCCAUUAUCAUUUCAGAAGACUCCAGCAGCAGAGUCGAACUAGAAGGCAAACUUGCUUGCAGGAAAUACUUAAGCAAAUGGGAAGCAUAGUGAGGCAAUCUCCAUUUCAGUGCAUGCCUUGUCGAUUCUAUGCCAACACUGAGGAGACCUUUCUUCAUCAUUGGCAAUCCCAAGAGCACUUGGAGCUGACCAAGAGACUGGGGGGGACUUUUUGGUGCUCCUUUUGCCAGUUUAACUCGAACACCAAUAAUUCCAUGUUGCUGCAUUUGUUGGGUUCCUCCCAUAAAGAGGUGCUUUUAGCCCUUAAUAGAUCAGUUCCCAUAUGUAUCGCCCAAAGAAGACGAAUCCAGUGCUCUAGGUGUGGAAUGGAAUUUUUGUACAACAUACAACUACGUCAACACUUGAUCUCUGAGCAUCCAGGUUUUGCUCUUACAGGGACUGCAGCCGAUGAAUACCAGAGUAGGUUUCGAUGCAAUUUGUGUGGAUCUUCACAGAAAUCUCGCUUAGCUCUUCAACGUCAUAAAAAGCACAAACACCACUUGGCAAGGUAUUUUUGUGCCAUUUGCCGUUUGGAAUUCGACAACUCUUUGGAUGCGCGUCGUCAUAGAAGCUUGGUGGUACAUAGGCAAAAAGCCCGACCCCAAAAGUCUAUUCCACAACCUGAAAACGAAAUAGAACAUAUGCUAAGAGAAGUCCUAGAAGAAACAGUUCCUAGUCCACCCUCCAAGAGAAGUGGGAAUGUUAACGCAAAGUGCUCGAACUGCAGAAAAACGUUUGAAUCGCCUCAAAGAUUAGCCCAACAUCAAGCAGAAGUUCAUUCCUCGGAUAAUCAUUUGUGUUUGAGCUGUGGAAUAAGCUUUGAGUCAGCUCAGGCACUCGGACGUCACGCCCGCAGCUGUCAACCCCUGGCCAGCACAUCAACCUCCGCUGAUCCAUCCCAAGCUCAAAAGAAAUCAAUGUACUCCUGCGAUCAAUGUCGCUUCCAAUCUCAAUAUGAGUCCGAUCUAGUUUAUCACCGAAUUUUUCACACACGAUCCGGAACAAUUGGAAAAAACGAGGUUCUUCAGUGCCCCUUGUGCCCGAAGAAUUUCAAAAAGCACUCUCUUCGCGCUCACCUAAGGAACCAUACAAAUGAAAAAAUUUUUGAAUGCACGGAGUGCCUUCAGAAAUUUGCUAGAAGACACAACCUUAAGAACCACGUAAUCGCGAAGCAUGCCGAAGUAGGUGACAAGGACAAGAAAAAAUAUGCUGAGAAAGAUGUUGAACAAUCAACACCCAAAUAUCAGUGUGGGACAUGUGGAAAAUUACUGGCCAAAAAGUAUUCCCUUAAACUUCAUGAGAUCAGCCACACGAAGGCAGUUCAGCGCAAUUAUCGCUGCCAUUUUGCGGACUGCUCAUAUGCAGGGCGAACGCCGGAAAGCCUGAAAACCCACUUGGUCUCCCACUCCCAGGAAAGUCACAAAUGUGCGCGGAUGAACUGCAGCUAUGUGGGAAAGAGCGAGCUGCACCUAAAAAGGCACCUCAAGUCGGCUCAUUCCACGGAGAAGAGUAGUGAGCAGUGGUUUUCGUGCGAUCAAUGCGAUUUCAGAGCCCGCAUCAAGGGUCACCUCCGACGGCACUCGUUGCGCCACUCGGGCCAGAAACCCCACCAAUGCCCCCACUGCGACUUCCAGUGCAGCACCAUAGAUAACCUACGUAAGCACAUCAUCAAGACGGGAAAGCAUCCUGGAAUGUUCAUUUACCAGUGCGUUAAGUGCUCCGAUGAUGCAGCCGGUGAAAUAUUCAAGAGCAACAGCUACAAAGAGUACCAGUACCACUUGGAGACUCACAGGCCGGUUGAGAAAAUAUUUUAGGGAACGUUGUUCCGAAGUAUUAUUUUUAAAUAUAAGUUAUAAUAUAUUUUGUCAACAUUCUGAUCAAAUUAAUAAACUUAUAAACCCAGUUUAAAGUUUAUAACGUUUCCCCAGAUAUCCUUUCCUUAAACUAAAACAUGAAUUGAUGUUAAUUCUGGAUUAUUCGUUUCAAUACAGAACUGUUAAAAAA